UCAAUUAUUUACCUUCGUCCCCAAAUUACGAAUUUGGCCGGAGUUGAAAAAUUCUCUUUCUGUGUCGCAAUUUGAAUCAAGCUCGCGAACUGCAACUAUGGUUUGCGAUAAGUGUGAGAAGAAGUUGUCCAAGGUGAUUGUUCCUGAUAAAUGGAAGGAAGGUGCCAGCAACACUACUGAAGGUGGAGGCCGUAAGAUUAACGAGAACAAACUGCUCUCCAAGAAGAAAAGGUGGUCACCUUAUGGAAAUACAAAGUGCACUAUUUGCAAGCAACAAGUGCAUCAAGAUGGUAAAUAUUGUCAUACCUGUGCUUAUAGUAAAGGAGUAUGUGCAAUGUGUGGAAAGCAAGUUCUUGACACCAAGCUAUACAAACAGAGCAAUGUAUGAUGUGGACAUGGUUGACGAACUAACUUCAAUGUUACCUCAGCACACACUUAUCUUAGAGAAUUGUUCUUACUUUGUGAAUGCAAUGAGAAACACUUGAUUCUGUAUCCAUGAUUCUGUAAAAUACUACAAAAGCUG